AUGGUCAGCACCAUGGAAAAUCGUAUGAACUCCAUUGAGAAAUUGGUGGAUGAACACAACCAGACUCUGCAGAAGAUGAAAAAAAAUCUGGAACAGGUCAGAGUAAAAGUCAGCAAAGUCUCUGACAUGGAUCAGAUCAAGAACUUGCUGUUGGAAUUGCAACAUGGUAAGAAAACACCAGAUGCAAAAACUUCUUCAGAAAUUGAAGACAACUCGAAGUUCAACAAUUUUUUGGGUGAUGAUGACAACUCGAAUUUCAACAAUUUCUUGGGUGAUGACAAGGAUGACAUGGAAAAAGAAGAAUCUCGAGAUGCUGCCAGAAGAGGGCCGAGAAUGGGAUCACAAGCAGCAGCAAUGGAAUAUUCUGAAGCAGACUUGAACGAACUUUAA